GCGCAGUGCGGGCGUUUGUAGCCUGGGUUUACUAGGUGGUGAGAAGAGGAAGCUGCUGUGGGCCAGGUCGGAGCGGUCCUGGAGCAGAGGCCGCAAGAGGAGUAGGGUGGGCUGAGCGAUCAAGGGGGCACCGGGCAUGACUCACCUGUGAGCAGCGCAGACCGGACGAUGGGACGGCGUCGAGCGCCGGAGUUAUACCGGGCGCCGUUCCCACUGUACGCGCUGCGGGUCGAGCCCAGCACCGGCCUCCUCAUCACCGCGGGCGGGGGCGGCGCCGCCAAGACUGGCAUCAAGAAUGGAGUGCACUUUUUACAACUGGAACAGAUUGGUGGAGCUUUGAGUGCCUCUUUGCUGCAUUCCCAUGACACAGAGACUAAGGCCACUAUGAACCUUGCCCUUGCAGGCAAUAUUCUUGCUGCAGGGCAGGAUGCUAGCUGUCAGCUCCUUCAAUUCAGACCUCAAGAGCAGGAGACCAGUGACAAGCAAGACAGUGCAGAUUCCCAGGAGCAAGGCCCACGACAAAGGAAAGGGACAGGAGCCACAGCUGAAACACAAGAAACUGGGGCAUCAACUCAGCGAGAGGGAGUGGAGCUCAAUGUGGAGAACUUGCAGUCUGUGCAGACAGACUUUGGCCCUGACCCAUUGCAGAAGACUGUGUGCUUCAAUCAUGAUAAUACCUUGCUUGCCACUGGGGGCACUGAUGGCUUUGUUCGUGUUUGGCAGGUUCCUACCCUUGAAAAAGUUCUAGAGUUCAAAGCUCAUGAAGGGGAGAUUGAAGACCUGACUUUGGGCCCUGGUGACAAGAUGGUGACAGCAGGCUGGGAUUUUAAGGCCUGUGUGUGGCAGAGGGACCAGCUGGUGACGGGAUUGCGCUGGGAAGAAAACUUGCCUCCUUUACCAGACACACCUUACCGCUAUCAAGCUUGCAGGUUUGGGUGGGUGCCAGACCAGCCUGCUGGGCUGCGGCUCUUCACAGUGCAGAUUCCCCAUAAGCGACUGCGCCGUCCACCACCCUGCUACCUCACAGCCUGGGAUGGCCAUAAUUUCCUGCCUCUUCGGACCCAGUCUUGUGGUAACGAGGUCAUUUCCUGCCUCAGUGUCAGUGAAUCAGGAACCUUCUUAGGUCUGGGCACCGUCACUGGCUCUGUUGCCAUCUACAUCUCUUUUUCCCUCCAGCGCCUCUACUAUCUUCGAGAGGCUCAUGGCAUUGUGGUGACAGAUGUGGCCUUCAUGCCAGAGCAAGGAUGUGGCCGAGAACUGCUGGGGUCUCAUGAAGCGGCAUUGUUCUCUGUGGCUGUGGACAGUCGAUGCCAGCUACAUCUAUUGCCCAUUCGGCGGAGUGUCCCUGUGUGGUUGUUGCUGCUGCUGUGCGCUGGGCUCAUCAUUUUGGCCAUCCUGCUGCUUCAGAAUACCUUUCCAGGCUUUCUCUAGCCUUCCUUGUUUCCUGGGGGAUCAAGAUCCUGGACAUUGAAAAGACCAGAGCGAGUCAAGACCUAGGGCACCACUAAUUCCACUGAGACUGGAGCUGAAGCUGCCCCAUGAAGACAAGGAAUGUGAUAGUGGCCCUCUACCCCACCUAAAAGGCUGAAUGCUGCCGAACCCUGGGUUCUUGGUACAGGGUUCUUCUCAUUUCACCCAAGACAGCAAUUUCUGAGGUACCACUCAUUGCUUCUUCUAAGAGCAGAGCUGAAACUGUUCCUGAGAGGACUGAAAAUGUGACAGCUGUUCCCACCUCACCUAGUUUGGAUGCUGCACAGUCCCUGCCAGCCAGGAGCCAGACAGCCCCUUCCCCUCAACAAUGUGAAGAUGACUGAAGCCUUAGUGGCUUUACUAUUUCCUGCCACUUUGUUUGAGGGGCUUAUCUCCCUUUUGCUGCUUGGUGAUGAAGUGAACACAUCCCUCCUCUUCCAUGCAGCUCUUGUUCAUUUGCCACUGAGAUUAAAUCAGUGCCCCAGUCCUUAA